AUGGAUUCAUUAGCACCACCUUUGCCAAAGGUUACAGAAGGAAUGGUUCCCUUAAAAGAAGUUAUUGAGCGUCUUGUCUAUUAUGCUUUUUCAGAACUUCAGAAUAUGUUGGAUAUACUUCCUUCUAUGAGCAAUGUUAUGAAAAAACGAACAAUACUUGAAUAUUUAUUAUCGACAAAAAGGCAAAUGAUUAAAUUGUAUGUUCUUAUUAAAUGGGCUCAUAGUUCUGAGGAAGUGAAAAGAUGCAUUGAUAUAGUUGCAUUUCUACAAGGUCAAAAAAAUUGUUUUUCAAAUCUUAUUCAUGCAUUAAAGACAAUUAUUAGUCAAUUAUCAUAUGCUCGUGUAAGAAGCCCUGAUAUUUUUACUGCUAUGGAAGUUUUUUCAACUGGAACUUUUUCUCGCCUUGAGUUUUCAGAAACAUCUACUGCAUUUAUGCUUCCUCGCAAUUUAAAACCUAAUGAAGUUUUGCAAACUUUUAAUACGCUUAAUAUAUUAAUUUCAUUGAGGCUAUCAUUGUAUCAAGUAAUACCGUAUCCUAUGAUAUCUUAUGUUGUAGAAAACGGAAGAGCUAAAUUUGUAGUUGAAAAUGAGUUUGUUAUUUUUUUGAGUUUUGUUGGUGAAAAUAUUUCUAAAAUAGAUGAUUUUGUAUGGUUUUUAGUUGACUUUGAGUGGAAUUUUGAUAGAGCACCUGUUAUAAGUGAUAAUAUAAAAGAUGAAAUUGAAAAGCUUGCUAAUGAAAUCUUGAAGUUAUCUGUUAUUCAAAAAAAGGAACCUUUGGUAGAAUUAUAUAAUUUUCUUCAUAAAUUUACUUUGUUUUAUAAACUUGAAGUUAUUGUUGUAGAAGCAAAAGAAAUGUCUUUUAAAGGAUGGAAAGAUAAACUUAAUGUUAGUUUUGAUAAUUUUAAAAGAACUUUGACAUUGAAAUAUUGGCCAGUAUUUACAUCAUCAGAAAAAAAUAUCAAAAGUUGGCCUAAUUCUAUUGGAAUAUUUGUUGGUGAGCCUAAAAAGAAAAAUAUUGCUAGUUAUAUGUUUCCAUAUACUCGAAUAUCUUUUGAUUAUGAUUGUUCAGUAAUAUCCUAUUCUUGGAAAAUUGGUGAUGAUUUUCAAUGUUGUGAGGAUCUUAAUAUAAAUGAAUCGAAUAUAUCUGCUAAAGAGAUAAUACUAAAAGUUAUUGGUUUUCAUUCAAUGAUAUUAUUGAAAAAGGUGUGUUUGACGUUAUUAGAGUCUAGUAGCUUUUCAAGUAGUUCCGUGUUUAUUUUAAAUGCUGAUGAAAAUAAUGAAAAUCCCAUUCUAAAAAUUCAGUGUUCAAAAGCAAAAAGUAUAUUGAUUUUUGUUAAACCUAUGUGUGGAAAGUUCAGACUUGUAGAAUAUGAUUCUUUUUUAUGUUCAUCUUUAGUUAUAAAAAAUUAUGAAAAGUUGAUUAAUAUUCCGAAUCAGAAUAUACUAGAAUUACUUAUUCGAUUAAAAUGCAAAAUACUGUAUGAUGAUAUUGAGUCAAAGGCUAAGUUUUUAGGUUGGGAAGUUGUUAAGUUUCCUUCUGGAUCUUUUAAACAAAAGGAGUUUAAAAAUAAUUUGGGAUUAGAAAUUAAAUAUACAAUUUUUUUAACAAAUUCUAUACUAGGCUGGAAACAGCCAUCCUCUAAAAGCAUUUUUUUUGUUGUAUGUUUAUUGUCUGGGCAGAAUACUAACUGGUGGCUUCUGGAAACUGCUAUUUCUAAGUAUGAUGUUUUUUUAGGAUGGAAUAUUUUAUGGUCUGAAAAAAUACGAAUUCAUGACGGAAAGAGACGAAAAUCUAGUGAAUUGGACUUUUCGUUGAUUUUUGAUUUUUCUCCAACUUAUUCUUUACUUGAAAGUAUUCACAAAUAUUCUAUAAUAAGAGUAGCAAUUCUUCAGUUUUCUCGAGAUCUUGAUAUGCGAGGUAUUCAUUAUGGGUAUUUACAUGAUUUUUCUAUUUCUCAGUUAUGGAUAAUACCAUUCUUUCAUUUUUAUACUGGAGAUAUUUCCCCUUUAGCCAAGGUUUGGGUUUGUAAAAAUAUGUUUGCUCAGUUUUUAUUUUCUGGACAUUCUUUUGAUGAAUUGAAAAUCAUUUUUUAUGGGAAGUUGACUAAUCUUAAGUUUUUAAUAGUUUUAAUGCAACAGUAUAAAAGAGACGAUAUUGAACUUAAUGUUAAAUCUAACUAUUUUUUAAUAAAAGUUAUUUAUAAAAUGGGUAAAAAUAUAUCUUUGGUUAUUGAUUUAUUUCUUGAAUUAUGGUUAAAAAUCGAAACGAUUAUUCGAUUUGUUUUUAAAUCAAAUGAAUUUAAUCAUUUUUUAGUAUUAGAAAGUUUCAAUAUAGAUACUGUUAGAUUUUCCUAUUAUAAAAAAAAGCAUUUUUGGUUGGAAAUUGGAUAUGAAAGUAGUGAUAAGAAAGUUAAAUUUCCUUCUAUAAAGUAUUCUCUUGAAAUUGGUGCUAUUGAUGGUUAUAUAAAUCCUCAUACUAGAAUUAAAACUCAUCUUUGUCAAAUACUAGAAGAUUCUCGUGGAAAUGUUCGUUUGUUCUCUGAAAUUGUUUAUAAAACUCUUCCUUUUUUGGAAACUAUUGAACAGCUGGAAGCAACGACACUUGAAAAGUCCGAGUUUCAUGUAUUAUUUCAGUCUUCAUUGCAAUUUAGUAUUGUAUAUGCAAAGAAACGACAUGCACUAGGGGUUAUAUUAAGGUCUGCUCCUUCUCAUUUAUUGGAUAAUGAUAUGAUUACACUUAAUGAAGGAACACUUGUAUAUUAUAUUUUUGAUUUAGCAUUAAAAUAUCAAGCAGCAGAUUUUUUAGAGACAUCUAAAAUAAAAGGGCAAAAUUCUGAGAAUGGUACUGUUGAAUCAGAGAAUAUUGUGCAUGCUAGAGCUAAAAAAUUAAAUUAUUUAAAAUCUACGUAUAAUGUGAUUGAAGCAUGUCAAUUUAUAUGGAGUAAAGGAAUUGAUGUUGAAGAAUAUAAGAAAACUAUUUUUCCUGCAGAGAAUGGCUUAUUGUGCACUUCAGAUGCAAUAAGCUGUGUUAUUAAUAAAAUACAUACUAUGAUUUUAGACUAUGAUUGUAUGAAAUAA